AUGGAAAUGGUCUGGUGCUAUGCUACAUCAUCCAUGUAUCAAAAUGAUACUGUAUCUAUGUAUACGAAAUCAACAAGUAUACUAUUUAAUAACUUUUGCUUAUUUAAUACACAUAAAAACGAUCAAAUAAAAAGCACUGCUUUGUAUGAAUUAUCUAGCAUUUAUAGCAUGGUAAAAGUGACUAUGAGUGUUAUGAUAUUAUGUACCCGUCGAUCAAGAAUUGUUGUAUACACAAAUAUCCCGAAGUGUAUACAAGCACUAUUCUCUUACAAUGCACGCAUGGUCCACACAUGCUUACUGCAAUAUGUUUACAUUAAAUCAUUCUCUCAGCCUGCUCUAUUAAUUGACAAGUACCGAAAGGACUUUAACAAGGAUCGAUGGAAUGAUUUUAUAUGCGAUUUUAUUCCGGUACAAGAGCCCGGUACCGAGAUCUAUUAUGAUGCAAUGGACCUCACAAGACCCAAACGAAGGUUUAAGCCAAAGGUCACGAAGACAAGACUAAAAUAA